AAUUACUUAUUUAUGAUAUUUGACUGACUUGAAUUGAUAAACUCAUUGUCAGUGAAGAAUCCCCUCCAUAAUGAAUGAGUGUGUGUUAUAAAUAAAGUUAUAUAUACAUAUAUAGUUAGCAUAUAUGGUCAAAUGGGUAAUGCGCAUGGGUGCGUUCUCAGAGAAAUGUUAAGUGUGAUCCAUGGAAGAUCGUGGUGAAGAAGAUUCAAGUGUUAGAUUAAUUAAUUACUUACUUUGGACGUUGGUCCUAUUUAUUUUUGUAUAUAUUGAUAUAGGUUGAGAAACAAGUAAGAAGAAAUUUAACAAAUUACUUAAAAACUUCAUAAAUUUACACAAUUUCUUCGAUUUUUAUUGAUAAAGAUAAUAAAAUGGAAGAUAUAUUUCAAUGGUGUCGCGAAGGAAAUGCUAUGCAAGUUCGUGUUUGGUUGGACGACACUGAACAUGACAUGAAUCAAGGCGAUGACCACGGAUUUAGUCCACUCCACUGGUGUUGUAAAGAAGGCCAUCUGAAAUUGGCAGAGUUGCUAGUUAGUAGAGGAGCACGUAUUAAUGCUACCAACAGAGGAGAUGACACUCCGCUACAUCUUGCAUCUGCACAUGGACAUAAGGAAAUUGUUCAGUUGUUAUUGCGAAAUAAAGCAGAUGUAAAUGUAACCAAUGAACAUGGAAAUACUGCUCUUCAUUACGCAUGCUUUUGGGGUGAUCAAGCUGUUGCCGAAGAGUUAGUAGCUGCUGGUGCCUUAGUAUCUAUAGCUAACAAAGAUGGUGAUACUCCUCUUGAUAAAGCUAGAGGACACUUAGCAAAAAGACUACAUGAUAUGGCAGUAGAAUAUGGACAAGAUUUAAAAAAGAUUCAAUUUAAAGAUCAAAGUUGGCUGGGAUUAAAAACUAGGAGCAGAGAUGCCACUUUAUCGAGACACAAAGGUAUCAACAUGGCAGAUCUUGCUUUGCAUACUCAUUUAGCAAGUACUCCAAGCGGAGACACUUGGAGAGGACGUUGGCAAAAUAAUGAUAUCGUAGCCAAAAUUUUAAAUAUACGUGAGUGUACAGCACGUAUAUCCAGAGAUUUUAACGAAGAGUUUCCAAAACUUCGAAUAUUUUCCCAUCCAAAUGUUCUUCCGGUUCUUGGUUGUGUAAAUCAACCGCCACAAUUAGCGACAGUUUCACAAUACAUGGCUAGAGGAAGUUUGCAUAGGCUCUUACAUGGAGGUACUGGCGUUGUCGUUGAUACUGCACGAGCACUUCGCUUAGCCCUUGAUGUGGCAAGAGCUAUGGCUUUUCUUCAUGGAUUGGAAAGGCAAAAUAGAUGCAGGUUUCAACUCAACAGUAAACAUAUUAUGAUCGACGAAGAUUUAACUGCUCGUGUAAAUAUGGCAGAUUCGAAAUUUUCUUUCCAAGAGGUUGGACGUAUAUACGAACCAGCCUGGAUGUCUCCGGAAGCCCUUAGCAAAAGACCUGCCGAUAUCAAUUUAGAAGCUAGCGAUAUGUGGAGCUUUGCUGUUCUUUUGUGGGAACUUGCUACAAGAGAAGUGCCUUUUGCUGAUCUUUCUCCCAUGGAAUGUGGAAUGAAGAUAGCGUUGGAAGAAUUGCGUGUUAGUAUACCACCAGGUAUAUCUCCGCAUCUUGCCAAAUUAAUCAGAAUUUGCAUGAAUGAAGAUCCAGGGAAACGUCCCUCAUUUGACAUGGUCGUACCUAUUCUUGAUAAAAUGAAACGUUAACGGUACUAAAAAUGAACAAAAUUAAAUCUCCCAGAAAUAUCAUAAUUUUACUUACUCUUUUUACAAUACAUGUGCUUUUCGAAACAAUAUUGUUUCGAAUUGUUACGACUAUAACAUAUUUUAUAUUGUUUUAUAGAAACUAAAACAUUAUUCAUGUCUCGA